AUGCCGCUGCUCCCUCAGCUUUCCUUCGCCCUCUACGUGGCGGCCUUUGGGCUGGGCUUCCCACUCAAUGUCCUGGCCAUCCGGGAUGCGGCAGCCCAGGCUCGGCUUCGCCUCACACCCAGCCUGGUCUAUGCCUUGCACCUGGGUUGCUCCGACCUCCUGCUAACAUUCUCCCUGCCCCUGAAGGCCAUGGAGGCCCUGGCCUCAGGUGCCUGGCCUCUGCCUGUCUCCAUCUGCCCGGCCUUUGCCCUACUCCACUUCGCUCCACUCUACGCAGGUGGUGGUUUCUUAGCGGCCUUAAGUGCCGGCCGCUACCUGGGCGCGGCCUUCCCUUUGGGCUACCAGGCCUUCCGGAGGCCACGCUACUCCUGGGGCGUGUGUGUGGCCAUCUGGGCCCUUGUGCUCUGUCACCUGGGGCUGGUCUUUGCCCUGGAGGCUCCUGGAGGCUGGCUGGACAACAGCACCAGCUCCCUGGGCAUCAACACCCCUGUCAACGGCUCUCCGGUCUGCAUGGAAGCCUGGGACCCAGCGUCCGCCGGCCCCGCCCGCCUCAGCCUCUCUCUCCUGCUCUUCUUCCUGCCCUUGGCCAUCACGGCCUUCUGCUAUGCAGGCUGCCUCCGGGCUCUGGCCCACUCCGGUCUGAGUCACAGGCGGAAGCUGAGAGCAGCCUGGGUGGCCGGCGGGGCACUGCUCACGCUGCUACUCUGCUUGGGACCUUACAAUGCCUCCAAUGUGGCCGGCUUCCUGAAGCCCAACAUGGGAGGCCCUUGGCGGAAGCUGGGGCUCAUCACAGGAGCCUGGAGUGUGGUCCUCAACCCACUGGUGACCGGCUACCUGGGGAGGGGUCCUGGCCGGGGGACAGUGUGUCUGGCCAGGGGGCAAGGAGGAACAUCCCAGAAGUAG